AUGCCUGGAAAUGGUGAAGAUGAGUCUAGAGAUGCCGGACAGAGGUCGCGGUCGGAGCUGUCAGAUCAUUCAUACCGCAGUGAGCUGACCAAGAGGCACGAGAGUGGUCAUCGUAGCGACCACAGCUGGAGAUCACAAGACAGAAGAGAGAGUUCGAGUCGACAUGACAGUUUGAGUGAAAAUCGAUCUCAUAGAAGUGAUAGAAGUGAUAGGGAGUAUCAUCACAGUCACAAACAUCAUAAUCAGGAAUCAAGAGACCGUCAUCGAGAGCACGGUCGCAGUCGUGAUGAGGAUCGCGAACGAGACCGCCGUCGUCACCGGCAUAGUCGUGAUGGAGAGUCUUCAAAACGUCACGAAAGGCAUGAGAAUGACCGACGAGACAAGAAUAAACGGACCCACGAACGUGAGAGUGGUGAUCAUGGAAAAGAUACGAGUAUAAAGUCGUCGCAAUCUACGUCUUCUUUGAGUAAAAAGCCGAGAGUCGAAGAAUCCACUGAAGAUGGAGACUGGGUCGUGGCAGAAGACACUGGCAACUUUUAUUCGAAGCCAGACUUUGUAACUAAGAAUUCGUCUCAUGACCCUGUUGAUUCUAUCACAAGUACGCCGAUUACGGAAAAUACAGAAUCACCAGUGGCAUUCACAUCAUCGCGAGAACAAACUCAAACCCCUAGAGCUACAACCACAGAUGAUAUUGCUUCUGUCAGUCCUGACGACGGGGAAAUAUCUGAUAUGCCGGAACCUUCACAACCUCCUCCUGUUUCAAUUGCUGCUGCUACAUUACCAACUGUGAAUGAUCUCAACAAGUUAAAGGCUGCUAUUUUGAAAGCAGAGUUACAGGGUAACACCAGUAAAGUCGAGGAUCUCAAAAAGGAGUAUGAUGAGCUUUCCAAACGAGUUCUUCCUGCAACAUCUGAAGUUGAUAACAUUUCUGAUGGCAUCGACAACAGCAAUAAGCCAGCUGCUAUCGACAUUCGGUUUAACAGAAUUCCCGCUAGCAAACUCACCAACUCGGCAGACCCAUCUGUUCAAGAUAUGCUACGAGAAGAGAUUAAUUCUCGAGACGACCGCUUGGAUUUGAAGAUGGCUGAGCAGAUAUCUCGAGAUGGAGGGUACAUAAACGAUCUGGAUUAUAUGGAUGAUAACGUGGAAAAACUAGCAACAAUUGCACAAAAGUCUGAGCAAAACCUGCGUAACCAGAUGAUUGAAAAGACCCGUCGUCUGAACGAAUCCAUUUCCGAAUGUCGGCUGUGUCUCGAAGAAGGUGGUAGUUCCGGCACCACAAUCAUCUCUAUUGCAACACAAGUCUAUCUCUGUGUUGCUCCAGAACCAGCUAUUGUGAAAGGAACUGUAGCAAUUGUGCCCAUGGACCAUUAUACAAACACUCUCGAAUGCAGUGACGAUGAGUGGGAAGAAAUCCGUAAUUUCAUGAAAAGUCUGACCCAGAUGUGGCACAAAAAGCGCAAAGGUGUUCUUUUCUACGAAAAUGCCGUUAAUCGGUCUGGUCGACUUCACGCCAGCAUUUUUGCGGUUCCUGUACCAUUCCACUUACUAGACUCUGCUCCUGGUUUCUUCCAGGAAUCCAUCAUCGCACUUUCCGACGAAUGGAGCAGUCAUCGACACAUCAUCGACACCCGCAAACCCACCACUGCCACCCAAAACGUCGACCCCAAAUAUCUUUUCCGGACCAGCAUCGCCAAACAGGCGCCCUACUUCCACGUCUGGUUCAACAUCAACGGCGGAAUAGGCCACAUCGUUGAAGACACGGCCCAUUGGCCCAAAGGCGACCGGUUCGCUCGCGACGUCAUCGGCGGUAUGCUCCGUCUCGACCCCGUCCUCAUCCGCCAGUCCACUAAAUGGAUCAAAGGCUCGUCCGAACGCGACUUCAUCGACGAGCUUUGGCACGAUUUCGACUGGACCCUAGCAAUCGCUCGCUAG